AUGUCGAGUAACGGGGUUAUAGCAACGGAGAGGAACCUUGUUUUUGGAUUCAUGAACAGCAGCAAGAAGUACUUGACGCAUGAAAAAUUCGGUCUGAAAAUCAACGCGUUGGGCAAAUUUCUGAAAAGCAAACAGAAAUGGACAGUGGAGCAACCGGCAGGGAAUGACGCCGUUUUUCUGCGCAGUCAUCUCAACCGUUACAUGUCUGCCGAUGAGAAAGGUAACGUGAGCUGUGAGGCGGAGGCGAAGGGGGACAAUGAGAAGUUCGUGUUGGAGAUAGAUAAUGAUGGGCUCUGGGCGCUGAAGAGUUACUGUCACGGUUACUACUUCGGAGGUACAGACGACACGCUGUCAUGUUUCAGCAAAACCAAGGGUGCUAAUGAGUUGUGGACAGUGCAUGUCGCGAUACAUCCGCAAGUCCACAUCCGCAACGUCAAAGCCAAACGCUAUGCAAAAAUGGAAGAGAACGAGUUGAGAGUCAUUGGAGAUCUCCCUUGGGGCGAAGAAUCUCUCGUCACUUUAGCUUUUCGCGACGGAAAGUACAUGUUUCUUUCGUUCGACGACAAAUACCUUCACCGCAAUGGCAGUAUGGUCGACGAACCUAGCGACGAUACAAAAUUCGUCAUGGAGCUUCACUCGGGCAAGGUGUCGUUUAAGGACUGUGAGGGGUGUUACCUGUCCUGCAUCGGCCAGAAAGCCACCAUGAAAUCGAAAAACAAGUCGGCGGGGAAGGAUGAACUGUUCGUGCUGGAGGACAGUUACCCUCAAGGUGUGAUCAUCGCAAGUAGCGGAAAAUAUGUGUCUUUAAAGCAGGGGCAAGACCUGUCAGCAAACCAAGAUAGUAUCGGUGCCGAGGAGACAUUUCAGUUAGAAUUCGAUGAAUUCACUGGGAAAUGGGCUUUCCGCAUUUCAGCUGACAAGUACUGGACGUUGGCUAGCACAUCGGGAAUUCAAGCAACAAGCACCAAUAAAAAUUCACCGGAAGCACUAUUCCAAGUGGAAUACCACGGCAAGCACAUUGCACUGAAGGCAAAAAACGGCAAGUACGUGACAUGCAAACCCAGUGGACAUCUCUACGCCUCGGCGGACGUCGCCACUGACAAAGAAAUGUUCCUGUUCAGGUUGAUCAACCGCCCUCUAUUGGUGCUGCGUGGAGUAGAUGGAUUCGUGGGUGUGAAGUCGUCAUCCAAGUCCAACAAACUGGAGUGCAAUUGUUCCAAAUAUACACUGAUGCAUUUGCUAUACAACGACGGUAGAUAUAAGUUAAAAACUUCUGGAGAUAAGAGCUGGGCCGUCGAUUCACACGGAGAUGUGUCAAUAGAUGGCGCUAACUCCGGAGAUUUCAUCCUGGAAUUCCAUCGCGAGAAUAAACUCUGUAUUCGGGCUCCUAACGACAAGUACAUCAAAGGUGAACAGAGUGGCAUCUUCAGAGCAAAUGGCUCGGAGGUGAAUGAAUCCACUAUGUGGGAAUAUUAGGUUAUAUAGAUCAGACAAUGGUAAUUAGUUCAAGUUCACAUCCGCUCUCAUCAGCA